GCCGGAAGCUAGAAAAACACCAAAACGAAACCACAGAAAAAUUGUGACGGCACAGCCAAAGUCAGUAGGCGACACCUGCCUAAAGCAAUGGCAUCUCAAAGACCUAGGAGCACAGCAAGCAGCAAAGGGAAAGAUAAGAAGAAUGGUGCUGCAUCAUCUAUUGAAAAUCUUGCUGAAACUGCACCCCCCAGUGACAUCUUUCCCAUGGUGCUCACCUCGGCCACCCAGGAGCUGUUUGAGUGCCGGGCCGACGAGGACGUGACCGGCGACAGCCCCUACAAACUGCUGCGGAAGGAGGACAUUGUGCAGGACAUGAAGACCCGAGCGGCCGUGUCUGAUUUCAGCCCCAUCAAGCAAGUCGUGCUGGACUACCCUGAGGAUGAGAUGCUACUGGUGUUUGACAGGGACUUCACGUAUGGACAGAGUUUCUACCUGGUUCUCACCGUGGAGGCCAAGGAGAGGCUCCUGCGGCCUCCAGAGCUGGAGAAUGAGGAGGCAGAGGAGGAUGACUCAGAAGAUUAUGCGAUACCGACGACUCCGGUGCCCCAACCGUGGGUGUCCCUGGGCAGUGACCGAGAGAUAGAGGAUGAGACUUUCACAGACUCUAGGCCCAGGUUAAAGUAUAAAAUCUCCAGAAUAAGGCGUGAGUUUGGCGCUCCAGUCAUCUUCUCCGACCGCAACGCUGUGGAAACCAAAGAUGGCUUUAUGGAAUGCGCCUCCUACCAGGACAAGACCUUCAGCCUGAAGGAGAUGGAGAGGGGCUGUGGGACGCAGGCCAUCCCCGACGUGAUAUCUGCAAGCACUCAAACUCAGUGGACAUAUCCGAAGAAUAUGUGCACCCAAUAUGAACCCCGGGAGUUCUCUGAGGAGGACAAAGAAAACUGCCUGCAAUCUGAGAAUCUGAAGAAUUUCGUCAAGUCAGUUGCCGUAAGAUUUGAGUUGGCCAUCCAGCAGAACGAGAUCAUGGAUGUGUUCUUUGACGACUGGGCCGCUCUGAGCGAGGAAGACGCAGCCUUCGGGGGCAAAGCCGACACCUACAUGAAGGAGUACCAGUCCUUCACUGACCUGCACCACAGCAAGGAGAGAACCAUCAGCCACAUCAACUGGCACCCCACCAUCCCAGGGGUGAUUGUGGCCGCCAUGACAGAGAGGCUGUCCUUUGAAGAGAGGAUCUGUGGCUCCUCUAAGCUGGUCCUAAACCCUUCACUCAUUCUCUUCUGGAGCUUCUCUGAUCCCAUCAACCCACAGUUGAUGCUUGAGUGCCCAGACGAUGUCUUCUCCUUUGAGUUCUGCCCCUCUGAUCCAAAUAUUAUUGUUGGCGGCUGCAUGAAUGGCCAGGUCGUGCUGUGGGAUAUCUCGGCCCAUGUGGACAGACUGCGAGGAACGCGUGGCGGAGGAGGCAAGAGCAUGUCCAACAACACGGUCGUCUUGCAGGGCUUUGAGGACAAGCUGGAAAGCGAAACUCCCGUCGUGCGCUACUGUGCCGUCUCCGGCAUAGACGCUGGUCACAAAGCACCAAUUACGGACAUACAAUGGCUCCCGGAAGGCUUCGAGGUGUCCAGAACAGGGAUUCCGAUAGAGAACAAGGCCGGUACCUGUGUGCAAAUUGUUACCUGUGCUCCAGACUGCUGUGUGAUGUUCUGGGACAUCCGUGUGCCAUGGACAGGUGGGCAGCCUCUGGAGGAGAAGAAGCAGAAGACGGACGAGAGGCCACUGGACAACCCGCACGGUGUGCCCAACAUGUUCAAACACCUCGACCUGUCCUGGAAGCCUCUCAUGAAGGUGUCCCUUCCAAAGAUUGACAGCAGCGGUGAAUACAGUCCACUCAAAUUUUGCCUGCGACACAACACAAGUGACAGCCAAGUGGCCACAGUCUAUGCUGAGAGAUCGGACAUACCUGACUACAGUCUGCUCCGAGUUCCCUCAGCCAAGAACCUGAAACCUUUGGAGGAUAUCUGUACCAAGUUCUAUGUUGGAACAGAGGAUGGUGAGCUGAUAUACACAGACUGGAAGAUGGAGAAGGAUAAUGACUCUGGAAGACUGUUUAGUCCCAAACCCAGCCACCGUUACAUUAUCCACGAUGGUCUGGUGAACACUGUCCGCCGCUCGCCAUUCUUCGAGGACAUCAUCUUGACAGUAGGCGGCUGGACGUUUGCCAUCUGGAAGGAAGGGGUCAUGGUGAGCCCCAUCAUCCUGUCCCACUGCUCCCAGACCCGGUGCACUAAGGGCUGUUGGUCCGGCUCCCGGCCGGGUGUGUUCUUCAUCGGGAAGGAGGACGGCAGUAUCGAGGUGUGGGAUCUGCUGGAAAAGACCCACGAGCCCUCGCAGGUCCAGAACAUCACCACCUUUCAGAUCACCAGCAUCAAGCCCUGGAUCAUCUCCUCAAAGCAGCAUCUUCUGGCUGUGUCUGACCACUUUGGCACACUGCAUAUCCUGGAGAUUCCCUGGACACUGAGAAGCCCUUCCAGCAAUGAGAAGCAGAGCAUAAGCAAGUACUUUGACAAAGAGGUGGACAGGCUGAUCUACGUUGAGAAGAGACGGGAGGUGAGGGCGAAGGAGAAGGAAGAGGCGGAGGCCGAGGAUCUCAAGAGGAGGAUGCAACCUGUGGCACAGGAGAAGUCGCUGGAGCAGAUGGAGGAGGAGGCUCAGAAGGAGUAUGAGGCCUAUUUGGCCAUGGAGAAGGUCAUCAUGAAGGACAUGGGAUUAGCUGAAGACUAGUCUGUCAUCUGAAACCUUUCAGACACACACACACAGACACAGACACACACACACACACACACACACACACACACACACACACACACACACACACACACACACAUCCAGUUUCCAGUGGACUUGCUGCCAUCUGUAAAAAAUAUAACUUUGAUGUAUCGUUGUAUAAAAAUCUAACUCAGUGUUAUUGUAUAUGAGAUUAAAAAUUAAUUAGCUUUUAA